UUCACCUUGUCUGUCGCCCUCUGUUGGUUUCUCACCAUUCUCCAUCCCUCACCCCAGAAUCAAUUCGCCCCCUGCCCGGAAUAUGAUUUGAUUUCUUUUGAUGACUCAAUUGUUUCUGUUGUGAUUUAUCGUGUUGUUUUUUUUCUUCCUUUUCCCAAUCCAGUUAUUGUGAUCACUCUAAGCCCUGCUCCCGCUCCGUCCCAACGAGCAGCCCUGCAGCUCCCCCUGGCGAACGAGGGAACCAGCCGCUCCUCUUCCUCGGAGAACUCUCCCCAGCAUCACACCCAUCAGCCGCGCCCCCGCCACAUGCUGGGCCUGCCCCAGCCCCCCUUCCUCAUGCCCAGGAGCAUGGAGAGUAUAGAGAUCGAUCAGAAGUUGCAGGAAAUCAUGAAGCAAACGGGUUACCUGACCAUCGGAGGGCAGCGGUACCAGGCAGAGAUCAAUGACCUGGAGAACCUGGGGGAGAUCGGCAGCGGGACAUGUGGUCAGGUGUGGAAGAUGCGGUUCAAGAAAACGGGGCACAUCAUAGCCGUGAAGCAAAUGCGGCGCUCAGGUAACAAGGAGGAGAACAAGAGGAUCCUGAUGGACCUGGACGUGGUGCUGAAAAGCCACGACUGCCCCUACAUUGUCCAGUGCUUCGGGACCUUCAUCACCAAUACGGACGUCUUCAUUGCCAUGGAGCUGAUGGGCACAUGUGCAGAGAAGCUGAAGAAGCGCAUCCAGGGGCCCAUCCCCGAGAGGAUCCUGGGGAAGAUGACGGUGGCGAUCGUCAAGGCGCUCUACUACCUGAAGGAGAAGCACGGCGUCAUCCACCGAGACGUCAAACCCUCCAACAUCCUGCUGGACGAGAGGGGGCAGAUCAAGCUGUGUGACUUCGGGAUCAGCGGGAGGCUGGUGGACUCGAAGGCCAAGACCCGGAGUGCGGGCUGUGCAGCGUACAUGGCGCCCGAAAGGAUAGACCCGCCUGAUCCCACCAAACCAGACUACGAUAUCCGAGCGGAUGUGUGGAGCCUGGGCAUCUCCCUGGUGAGUGAAGUCCCUUCGCUGAACUUGCAGGAAGAUCCUCCCCUGCUGCCAAACAACAUGGGCUUCUCUGUGGACUUCCAGUCCUUCGUUAAAGACUGCCUUACUAAAGAUCACAGGAAGAGACCAAAGUACAACAAGCUACUUGAACACAACUUCAUCAAGCGCUACGAGACGCUGGAAGUGGACGUGGCAUCUUGGUUCAAAGACGUCAUGGCCAAGACAGAGUCGCCCCGCACAAGCAGCAUCCUCACCCAGCACCACCUGCCCUUCUUCAGCAGGUAGCCCCGCGGCCACAGCGGUGAGCUGGGGAGGGGCCAUGCCAGGAGAGCUUACGGCCGGUCACCGCCGCAGGGUGGGGACGAGCCCCAUGGCAGCCGCUCCUCCACACCUUUGCAAAAGCAACUCUUCGGAGGUUUGGUUGAACCGUUCAUUGUACCUGCCUUCUUCACUCUCCGCCCGUGUGGCUAGGGGCAGCGGGGUUGUUCCUUUUCUCUGCAGUGUGGGCUUGUUGCUCCCCUGCCGCUAGAGCCUUCGUGUCUCGGGCAGCAGCCAGCUGAAGAGGACACGUCCCUUUCCAGAUCUGUCCCGCAUUCCCUCGGUGGGAAAGCUCUUUCCACCCCGGCUCUGCGUGUCCAGCCGGGUCCUGUGUCUCGCGCCCGAUGGGAGAAAGCCUGCUCCAGUCCUGCCCCUGCGCCACUAGCUGGCCGAGAGGAGGUGAUUUCCAGCCCUGGCUUGCGUCUCCAGCCGGAGAAGAGAGAGUUCGUUCCAACCCUGUCCCACCACCUCCUUCAGACCAGAAGGCUCUGCUGGGAAGCUCAUACCUCCCUUGGUCCUGAGAGGCAGCAUGUCCUGCUUAUGCCUCUCUCUCCACCUGCUGCCCCACCCCCCAAGAGACUCGGGGGUUGGGGAAGGGAGGCUGGGACCCUCGCUCACGCACUGUGAACAAAGACACGUUUUUUUUACUACUUAUUUAUUAAGUUUGGACUCUGCGGUGCUGCGGGUUCCCUGCCAUGCCCGCCCGACAGCCGCCUGCGUUGUUAUAGGUCUCUUGCUUUUCUCUUGUGUGUUGGGAUUGUAUUAGGGGAGGGGAAGUGGGGGGGAGGGGACACCUGGGGAGUGCUGCUUCAGACUUAAACUAGGAGCUCAGCCCUUGCUCUGCUUUCAUUUAAUUUUAUUUUUCCUUGGGGGUGGGCUGGGGGUGGGUUUGGGAAUUGGUCUCGCUGGAAGCAGCUCGGCUGAAGUGAUUUAUGCCGAUGAUUUUUUUUUAAUUCUGUUUUUGAUCUCAGGGGUUUUCCUGUUGUUUUCUUUUGGCGUGCGAACAAAUUUUUUUUUUUUUUUUUUUUUUUUUCUGUUCACAGCUUUGUAUUUACCAAAGUGAUCGCUGGGCUGCUCUGCGUGGCGAGGACACACCAAGGGGCAGCUGCAUGUUGAUUUUCUGUUGCUUUUUAAAAGGAGGGAGUGAAAAUGCAAAAACAAAAAAACAAAAAGAGAAUUCUAGGGGGUAGAAACGGUCGCCACCUGCAAUCUACUCCUCGGCUGCUGCAGAGCUGUAAAAAUCAAAGACACUAAUGAAACUUGAAGUUGUUCUUUUCCCACCUCCUUCUUCCUAAGUCUUGUCAGGGCCCUGGGUUCGUUCAGACGUGUCCGUGGCUGCUGUGGAGGGCUCACAGCUGCUGUAAGUCACCCCCUUGCGCCUGGCUUGGCUGGCGCGCCGCAGGUGAACGUCAGCAGGUGUGAAUCAGGGCAGCCGUGACAGCAGCGGAGCGACGCUGAUUAGCGUUGGCUGGUGGAGGGCCGCCUGGCUCCCCCAGCCUCCCCGGGUCACAUUUGCUGAGGUUUCGGAUGAUAAUUGGCAGCGUGCCCCAUGGAAGCCUGGGGGCAGCGCGGGCGGCGCGCUUAGGGAGGGCUGCUGAUGGUUUGAUUUUUCACUUUCAUUCUGGUUUGUGAGGAAGGCAGGCCCUCUCAGAAGCUCUGGGAAGCAGGAGGUGGGAGUGUAACCCUGAAAGCCUGUGGGAUGAAGUCCGGUCUCCACCUCCCUUCAAGCCAGACCACGCAGCUCCCCAGGCUGUUGCUGACAUUUAGCCCCUCUUUAGCACAGAUCUCGGCUUUUUGCUUCCAGAAGGACUCGUGUUUGCUUCCUCCCUCAGUGGCAUUGGCUCCCCCGGUGCAUUAGGCUCACCAUUGUCCAGCUCCAGGUAGGGCUGGGCUCUGCACAGGCCUUGCUGCUGGUUGGAGGGGCUGCACCUUGCUCUGACAAUGCCCCAGGUGCUCCCAGCCCACCACGAUGGACAUGCAGACAAAGCUGCUUUACAAACCCAACCAAAAAUCGGAGGUCAGGUGCCGAGCAGACUUGGGCUACAAAGUUCCUUGAGAUCCUGGGUCUGGCUGGCAGCUGAGACCCCUACUGCACUGCUGGCCCCGUUCCUUCAGUCCAGCAGUGGA